UGGACUGCGAUGAAACAGCUGUUGUGGUGUUGAUGGUGGUCACCACAGUGGCUAGCAGUGCACUGUAUGGUGGCAGCUGCCUCAACCACAUGGACCUCGCCAGGAACUUCUCUGGCACCAUUGCUGGCCUGCUGCAUACUAUCAUCACUGUUACUGGCAUUCUGGCACCUGUCACUGUUGGUGCUCUCACCCAAGGCAAUAAAACAUUGGCACAGUGGGACAAGGUGUUCUACAUAGCUGCUGCUACUUCUGCUGGUACUUACUUCUUAUACCUCGCAUUUGGAUCUGUUGAUGAACAGCCUUGGAAUGCCCCACGAGAAAGCAAAUCCAUAAAAAGAAAUGGAGUUCACAACAUAGAAGAGGAAAGCAACUAUAUCCCAGGAGAACAGGUCAACAAUUAUAUCUCCACAGACCAAGACAGCACUGAGAACUUCUCAGAAGAGGCCCAUGAAAUUAUUAAUUAUUAUAUAGAAAACGCCAUUAAUCUUAACUCUAACUCUGCAGGGCGGGACAGCAAUCACGCAGACCAGGAAAGCAACAGUUUUCUAAAAGAUCAAACCAACAACUACACCUCCUCUGAGCAGAACAGCUGUCACAGCUUUUCGGAAGAGGCCCGUGAAAUUAUUAAUCAUUAUGUAGGAGGGGCCAUUAAUCCUAUAGAAGAUAGCAAUCAGGAAAGCAACAGUGUUCUAAAAGAUCAGGCCAACAAUUACACCUCCUCUGAGGAGAACAGCUGUCACAGCUUUUCGGAAGAGGCCCAUGAAAUUAUUAAUCAUUUUAUAGGAGGGGCCAUUAAUCCUAUAAAAGAUAGCAAUCAGGAAAGCAACAGUGUUCUAAAAGAUCAGGCCAACAAUUACACCUCCUCUGAGCAGAACAGCUGUCACAGCUUUUCGGAAGAGGCCAGUGAAAUUAUUAAUCAUUAUGUAGAAGGGGCCAUUAAUCCUACAAAAGAUAGUAAUCAUAACUCAUGAUAUACUCAGAGCCGAUUGUGAAAAUAUAUGAAUAAGUAAAGUUGUAGGAUCAUCAAAGAGAAGUGGCAUAUUGAUACUGCACAUUUUCUUGGAUUAUUUGUGGGCAUAAUUGCAAAAGAAAAUGAGAAACAUUUUAUUCCUCUGCAGUAAUUAAAUA